GCUUGUGUGCAAGUGGAUGUCAUCAGAAUUGUGACUUGGGGUUUUUGAGCUGACAAACCUCCACGGAUUGUGCUGCUGGUCAUCGUCCUUUCGGAAAGAUCCUGCAGCCAACCAUGUUCUCAACAAUAGCCACUCUGCUUGUUACAGCAACACUGUUGUCUGCUUGGACGACGGCUUUACCGACAAUUGAAAGUCCUGUGACUGGAGGUGGGCUAGUUUCUGAAGGUGGUGAGGGGCCAGUUAAUGGGUCCAUUGAUGGGGAGGUUGGUAUUGAAUCAAGCCAAGGACUGAUACCAGAAAUUGACACAUGGGGUCCUUGGAGCGAUGAAUGGAGCCAAUGUUCCAGAUCAUGUGGAGGGGGAGUCUCCUACCAGGAGAGAGAAUGCAUCACUUCAAGGCCUGGUCUUAAACCAAAUUGUGUCGGACCAGACAGAAAUUACGGUUCCUGCAACAUCCAGGAUUGCCCAGAAGGUUCCGAAGAUUUCCGGCAUGAACAAUGCUCCAAGUACAACACUGAGCCAUUCCAAGGGAAUCUGUACACCUGGGUGCCAUAUCUAGGAGCUGAAAAUAAGUGUGAACUGAACUGUAUGCCAAAAGGCAAGAACUUCUACUACCGCAUAUCGAAACAAGUUAUUGAUGGAACACCAUGCGAGUCAGACAAGCUAGAUGUGUGUGUUAAUGGUGAAUGCAUGAAAGUUGGAUGUGACAACAUGCUGGGAUCUAAUGCUAAGGAAGAUGUCUGCCGAGAAUGUAAUGGGGACGGCUCAUCCUGCAAGGUUGUCCAGGGUGUCUUCAAAAGAAGAAAACUACCAUUUGGUUACAAUGAUAUCCUGGUGUUGCCGGCUGGAGCUAUGAAUAUCAACAUCACUGAGGUCAAACCGUCCAACAAUUUCUUGGCAUUGCGUAACGCAAACGGACAGUACUACAUCAACGGUAAUUUCAGCAUCGACUUCCCCCAGCCAUUCCAAGUAGCUGAUACAAUAGUCUACUACGAGAGAGACCUGAAUUCACCAUCCUAUGGGUCAGAGGUCAUCCACGCCCUGGGGCCCAUUUCAGAACCGUUAUUUGUUGUGCUUGUAACACAAGAGAGAAACUACGGGAUUUCACACAGCUACGCAGUGCCGACCGGGAGUGAAGGUGCCAAGCCAGACACCUAUCGUUGGGUACUCGAACCUUUCACAGAGUGUACACGGACAUGUGGUGGCGGUUACCAGCUAAGGAACGUAUGGUGUGCAAGAACCAGAGAUUAUGAAGCCUCACCAGAGUACCUGUGUGACCCUACACUGAAACCAGCAGUUAACCAUUCAUGCAAUAUGAUUUCAUGUCCACCAAGUUGGUUUGAGGGAGAGUGGAGCCCAUGCUCGACAUCGUGCGGCGUGGGACAGCAGGUCAGACUAGUCUACUGUGAGCAGGUCAUGCAUGGCGUCAGGGCAGAGAUUAUCGACGACUCCUUCUGUCAGACCGGUAGCCUGGGAGACAAGCCAGGGUAUCAGCAAGAGUGUACGACCGCCGUCUGCCCUGAAUGGAAGAGUGGCAACUGGUCUCAGUGCUCCGUCACCUGCGGGCGUGGUGUUCAGACACGCUCAGUCGUCUGUAGCUCUGAUGAAGUCCUUGGCGACGCUAGCUGCCCUGCCGACAUCCAGCCAGACAGUCAGCUUGAAUGUGACUUAGGGCCGUGUGAGAAUGUGGACUGGCUGGUGUCUGAAUGGACUGAUUGUUCUCAACGCUGCGGGGAAGGUAUUCAAACUAGACAGCUGUACUGUGUGGGUCCCUCCGGCACCAUCUAUAGUGAGGAUGUCUGUAACGCUAAACUACGCCCAGAUUCCACCCAGCAAUGCUCCUCUAUGCUAGCCUGCCCCCCUAUGUGGCAUGCCUCAAGAUGGACAGAGUGUUCAACAGAUUGUGGGGAUGGUGUACGCAUAAGGAACGUCUUCUGUGCACAACUUGUCGAUGGUGAAUGGAAGACAGCUCCAGAUAGUGUGUGCAAUGCUACCAUCAAGCUACCUACUUCUGAUGUGUGCAGUAACGGGCGGUGUGUUGACUCUGCAUGGUUUACAGGACCAUGGGGAAAGUGUUCGCUCAACUGUGGAGGAGGCAAGAAGAUUCGACAGAUCAUGUGCUUUGGGGCUGGCCUUUCAUUGGAUGGUUCAGCAUGCGAUAUGUCAAGUCAGCCAAUAGAACAAGAGUCAUGUAAUGCACAUCCUUGUGACAAUGGUGAAGGAGGCUGUGCAACCACUGCUUAUGGUUGCUGUUCCGAUCAAACAACACCUGCCACUGGUCCAGGCCAAGAAGGAUGCAAUCAAAGCUCAACCGUUGCCCCUACUGAGCCCCCAACAUCUUUCCCAACCUGCCUUGAUACCGCCUUUGGAUGCUGUGCAAAUGACAUAGAUGCAGCCUCUGGACCAGAAGGACAAGGUUGUGAGGAAGGAGAACCCCUUGAAACUUGUGAAUUGGCGCAGGACACUGGAGCCUGCUUUGCCUAUGGUAUAAAGUGGUUCUAUGACGUUUACUCUCAGCGUUGUACUCAGUUCUGGUAUGGUGGCUGCGGAGGAAACGAUAACCGAUUUGAUUCUGAACUUGAAUGCCUGGCACUCUGCGCAAUACAACAACUCCCAAUGGCACAAGAAGAAAUCUGCGAACUAGCCAUGGAGGUUGGCCCGUGCAAAGCGAGCAUUGAAAGUUUCUUCUACAACACCGAGUCGGGCGAGUGUGAGUCUUUCAUCUAUGGCGGGUGCCAUGGUAAUAGAAAUAAGUUCCGAACCAUGGAGGAGUGCAACAUCAAAUGCAGUUCAAUGAAUAAAGACCCAUGCUCUCUGCAGCAAGAUAGAGGCAACUGCUUCGAGACGCAAGUCCGCUGGUUCUAUGAUGCUUACUCCAACCAGUGUGAGCAGUUCAACUAUACCGGCUGUCUCGGCAACCCAAACCGCUUUGAGGACUCGGCCAGCUGCGAGGAGAAAUGUGUUGUGGUCGAAAAGGUACCAGUGGUACAGGAUACUGUAGGAGUCAUUGUUGAUGUGUGUGGACUACCAUCAGACGCUGGACCAUGCAAGGCUUUGAUCACUCAAUGGGCUUACAACAAAGAUUUGAACGCUUGCCAGCGAUUCAACUAUGGAGGCUGUGAAGGGAAUGACAACCGAUUUGCCUCUGAAAUCGAAUGUCGACAUGCUUGUGUAUCAAUUGCUGCUGAAGAGUGUUCGAUGGAUCUUGACAGUGGUCCAUGUAAUGACUAUCUACCUACAUGGGGAUUCAAUAAGACUGUUGGUCUCUGCCAGCCGUUUGUCUACAGCGGGUGCGAGGGGAACGACAAUCGCUUUGAAACGAAAGACGCUUGUGAUCAUAAAUGUGGACCAAAAGCUGUGACAAUGUGUCAUCGCAGUCGGAACUACGCUUUCUACACUUCCCAGGGAAACCUUGGUGCCUUCAUUCCACAAUGUACACUGGAGGGUUACUUUGAGUCCAUGCAGUGCCACGGUAGCACUGGAUACUGUUGGUGUGUAGACAUGGACGGCAAGGAAAUCAAUGGUAGCAGGCGAGCACCGGGGAUUCACGUGCAGAGACCAGACUGCGAAGCACUCCGCCCCAAAAUGUUGACAACCUGCCAGCGACAUCUGAAACAGGUGAUUGGAAAGGAUGGAAGAGCUCCCCCUGGACGCUAUGUCCCACAGUGCACUGAGGUUGGGGAGUAUGAAACCAUCCAGUGCUAUGGAAGCACAGGGUACUGUUGGUGUGUCAAUGAGAAUGGGGAAGAGGUUGAAGGAUCGAGGAGGGGCCCAGGAAUGGGUUCACCAAACUGUCACGGAGGACCCCAAGGCCCAUGUCCAACCCUGAUCAGUAACAUGCAGUCUGGCCUGGCUAAUAGUGGAUUCAACCCACAGUGCACCCCCAAUGGAAUGUUUGUGCGUGUACAAUGCGAUGGUGUGGCACAGUGUCUAUGUGUGAAUGAGACAACUGGAGAUAUACUCAAAGUCCUUAAUGAGGUGCCACAGGACGGUGACUUUGAUGCUUGUAAUGAUGCCCAUGAAGAGUUGACGCCGUGCCAACAACACAGGAACAGCGUUCUAUCUGAGGAGGAACUCGAUGGCCACAUCCGCUAUGUCCCGGAAUGCACUGAGUCUGGCGACUACAACCAGAUCCAGUGUUAUGGAGACACAGGUCAUUGCUGGUGUGUGAAUGAGGUCGGAGAAGAGAUUGAUGGAACACGUAAGCAGCCUGGACAAGGGCUCCCUGAAUGCACUGCUACAGCUAAAGGUUGCAAGGCAACACGGGAGGAGCGGCUGUUAGCCGAACUCCGCGGUGCCUUUAUUCCCGACUGUACUGAAGAGGAUUUAUACGUACCAACACAAUGCCAUGGAAGCACUGGUCACUGCUGGUGUGUUAAUGAAAUGGGUGAAGAGAUCCUAGAAACGAGACGAGGGCCUGGAGAAGAGAGGAUUGACUGUGAAGACAUCUGCAGUCUUCCAAGAGUCACAGGACCUUGUCGUGGGUUCUUCCCAUCCUAUGGUUUUAACCAAAGCACGGGCAAGUGUGCUGAAUUCAUCUAUGGUGGCUGCCAGGGGAACGGAAACCGUUUCCAGACGAUACAGGCCUGCUUGAUAGCUUGCACAGACUAUCAACCUCCGACAUCAACUGUUUCACCAUCACCAGCGGCAACCACAUCAACAACCACAAGGAGUUCAGCUGAUGAUAAAACUACAACAGAUUCUUCAGCAGUCCAGUUUACUACUGAAGCUUUGACAUCAACUAAAGAAUCUGAAACAUCCACUAGAAAUCCAUCAACAACUCCUUCCCGACCAUCAACUACAACUUCUAGCCCAUCAACUACACCAAGCACAACAUCAGCUAACCAUGCGAAAUCGUCAACUGAAUCCACUACUACUGUGAAAUCAACAACAGCUGAGCAAUCCACGCCACCAUUGCCAGAUAAACAGCCCGAGCCGUCCACCACCCAAGAGUCUACAACACACCAUUCCUCAAUGUGUGAGAUUCAUCGUCAAGAAGCUCUUGCAAACACCCUCCCUGGUGUGUUCAUUCCACAGUGUGCUGAGGACGGCUCGUUUCUACCUAAGCAGUGCUAUGGACUGCUUGGUUUGUGUUGGUGUGUGCAUGAGGAUGGUACGGAACAGGGAGGCACUAGGGUUGGCACCAAUGAACCACUGGACUGUAUGGACGUGUGCAGUAUGCCUGAGUUCAGAGGUCAGUGUCCUGAAAAUAUUGACAUGUGGUUCUUCAACGCCGAAGCAGACGUUUGUGAGAUGUUUGUCUACAGUGGCUGCCAAGGCAACCAGAAUCAGUUUGAGACGCAGGAAGCUUGCGAGAAUCGAUGCAUCACUCCCGCCCCCACAUCUUGCGUAGAGAAACGUGAAAUGGCUCUGAGUUCCGAUAAUCUGGGUGAGUUUGUCCCUCAGUGCACCGCAGACGGUCAGUUCACAUCCCAGCAAUGCCACGGUAGUAUCGGCCAUUGUUGGUGUGUGGAUGACCAAGGAAUGGAACUAGGGGCGACACGUAGAGGGCCUGGAGAAGAGCUACUGGAUUGUGAGGAUGUUUGCAGUCUGCCCAAGUACAGCGGACCCUGCAGAGGUAACUUUGCCUUGUUCUACUAUGAUGUCAUGGAUGGGAGAUGCAAAUCGUUUGUUUAUGGUGGGUGCCAAGGCAACGGUAACCGAUUUGAAACGUUGGAGGAGUGUGAACAAACUUGCUAUGUUCCAGAGUUCACCGGCCGACCCCCGACACCCUGUGAAAUAAAGCGUGAUGAAACACUCUCCACCCAUCGUCUUCAUCUCUUCGUUCCGGAAUGCACGGCCGAUGGCGCGUACACCUCCCGUCAAUGCUAUGAUCUGAUUGGUCAGUGUUGGUGCGUCAAUGAAGAAGGAGAGACCCAGGGUGGAACUAAGACCAGAGAUGGACAGGUCCCCUUCGACUGCAACGACAAAUGUUCCUUCCCCAAGUUUACCGGACACUGCAACGCCAAUCUGGACCGAUGGUUCUACAAUAUGGAGACUGGAGUUUGUGAGGAGUUUGUCUAUGGUGGCUGCCGAGGCAAUAUGAAUAAUUUUGAAUCCUUUGAAGAAUGCGAGCAAUCCUGUGUACCUAACGGUCAUGAGAUGCAGUCCUGUACGAUGCAGAAGGAGCUAGCGUUAUCCAGCAACCUUCCUGAUGCCUUCAUCCCCCAGUGUACGGAGGAUGGUUGGUUUGCACCCAGUCAGUGCCAUGACUCUACAGGCCAGUGCUGGUGUGUAACGGAGAGCGGUAUGGAGCAGGGAGACACCAGGAGGGAACCAGGAAUGGUACUGCUGAACUGUGAUGAUGUGUGCAGUUUCCCCAAGUCAUCAGGACCGUGCCUAGCCUACUUUGCAAUGUGGUACUACGACACUGAAGAACGGCAAUGCCGGCAAUUUAUUUACGGUGGUUGCCAGGGCAACGGCAACAGGUUCCAAACUCAAGAGGAGUGCGAACAAUCGUGCGAUGCUCAAGUUUCCACCACUGUAGAGCCAUCUUCCCUCUGCGAGGUCACAAAGUCUGAAGCCCAGUCAGGAGGUUUGCUUGGUUCCUUCAUACCUCAGUGUUCAGAGGAGGGAUUAUUCUCUAGGCUGCAGUGCCACGGCAGCACUGGGUACUGUUGGUGUGUGGAUGAACUGACCGGAGAGGAGAUUGGCAACAGUGCUGCGGCGGAGCGUUUUGUCAAACCGGACUGUGAUGCAUACUACCGCUUUGACAGUAUUCCUGAUGUUGUUGAGCCGAUCCCCUCGGACCCUACCGUUGAUUUCACCUUAAAUCUGAGCCCUCUGUUGGGAGAUGAAGGGUGCGCUACAACACCCUUUGGUUGCUGCCCUGAUGGGGUCACACAAGCUACUAGAGAAGAUCAGUUUGGCUGCCCAGGCAUUUCCCCGCCCAUGGUGGAGGUUGCUCCGUCAGACUCUACAGUCAUCCUGGGAGACACACUGACCAUAACCUGCAACUCGGCUGGAAACCCGACCCCUACCACCACCUGGCAUCGCUAUGACACCAACGUAGAGUAUCUACAAGACGCUAGGAUCACCGUGACCGGAGAAGGUACUCUGACUAUUGAGGGUGUUACUGAACAGGAUGCAGGACCUUAUGUGUGUAGGGCGUCGAAUGGUGUCGGACAGGCAGCUAAAGUAGCUGUGGAUGUCAAAGUGUUCACUCCAGUUGAAAUUCCAGAAACCAGCCAGCAUUCCCUGAAAGUGAAGGAGGGUGAUCUUGUCUUGUUGUACUGCCACGCCAUCGGUAACCCUAAACCCACCGUGACCUGGAUGAGAAAUGAUGACCUCUUGCCCGGUGAUGACCCCAGAAUGACCCAGCAGGAAGACGACACACUGCGCAUCGAGAAUGUUGACCUGGGUGAUGCAGGGAACUACGUCUGCACUGGACGUAACAUGUUCGGCACUGUCCAGAAAAGGACAGUCACUCUGAUCGUACAAGCUAAAGUACAGAUUGUGACGAGACCUGAAGACACAGUGGCCAGUAUUGGUGAAACAAUCACGCUGCCGUGUGCCAGCAUCGGCUCUCCUAAACCCACAAUCAUGUGGAGGGUCAAUAUGAUUGAUCUGCCAUCAAAAGACCGAUUUGAGACCUCGCCCAAUGGAGACUUGACAAUCAGAGAUAUUAAAAGUACUGAUGCUGGUCAAUACACAUGUACUGCUGCCAAUGGAGAGUCUGUUGAGACUGCUGCUGCUAUGGUUACAGUCACAGGUGCCAACAGUGAUCCAAAUUGUCAAGACAACAGUGAUUAUGCCAACUGUCGUCUAGUGCUAAAGGCUGGGAUGUGCACCCAGCCACCGUUUACCAAGUACUGCUGCGCCACCUGCAGGGACAACAACCACGCAAAGCGCCGCCGAAGACGCAGACGAUGAGUGCUUAGAUAGGACGUAAAUAAAUGUAAAAAUAUAAUACUCAGGUGGAUUAGUCAGUUACUCCACUGCACAAUGCAUUAAGGCAGGGAGUCUAUGUGUUCAUCUGGUUGUUGCAUAUUAAAUACAGCAUGCGUUUCCAACACUGCGUGGAGCAUGUUAUAUUGACCCAUUGUGUAGCACACUUACACGCACCUAUUCUGUCGGCCAUUUUGGGAGUUGAAAUGUACACAAAGGAGUUGACUCCGGAAAUGGUAGGCGCGCAUUUUGCUGAGGUGCGUUCCUCAUCGAGCAAGGGGUUAAUAAUGGUAAAGGGACACAUGGAUUCCUAGUCAAAAGCCCAGUGAAUACUUCCUGUCAAUGCUUGUGCAAAGAAAAGUUGACGGCACAGCUCUGUUUUCGCUGCAAAUAUUUCGCAGGAGUUGAGCAAAGCCCAACUGUUGCAAAUUGUUUGUUGCAAAUUCGUGUCGUCAAAAAUUUGCUCUGCAAAGACAGGAAGUAUGAACCAUGCUUAAGGUACCUCUGUAAUAUCAAAGGGAAUUCUCAGAGGUCUAAUAUUUAUAUCAAGAAAUCUUUCUUUGCACCCAAUUGACUGGGUCAGAAGCACUUAAGGGACUUUUUGACCUGAGGCAUAGUUUGCCUUACACAAAUCCUCACAAGUUUUUCAAAUUUGUAAAAAAUUCAUGCGUGAAUCCCCAAUUUUUAUUGUAUAAAAAUAAGCUUUCACUGACUUUCAAAAUCAUUUUUAUACUGAAGGAUUUUAUUAAAACAAAUGUUUAAAAACUUGUUCAUACCAAAAUAUAUUUUGCGAAAAAAGAGAGGACAGUUUUGUUUUUUAAAAGGGUUGUGUAAAGGUUUUAAGGAGGGAUAGGUUCUUAAAAUUAAAAAAACUGUUUAUAUCAAUUUGAUGGGAAUACAAACCUGCUUCUAUAAAAUGUUAUCAAUAUAAACCACAAGGGAAGAACCCCCGAACAAAGAUAUUGACAAAAUAGGGACACUGCCAA